CCCACCGUUCCUUCUCUCUCUCUCUCUCUCUCUCUCUCUCUCUCUCUCUCCUUGUUUGGCUUCCAUCUCCCACCCCCAACUAGACAAAUAUGUGUUGGUGGCGAGCGUUGGUGGCGGCGGCGGUGGCGGCGGCGUUUUGUGUUGGAACAGGAACAGGAACAGCAGUGAAUGUGGUGUCGAAGGUGGAGGAUGCAGCUAACUUCCACAUCUACUACGGCCAGACCUUCAAAGUCAUCAAGAAUGUCAUUGACGCCAAGAGCUACCUUCUCAUCCAGAAUAACUCGAGGAUGGCCGCUACGAGGACAAAGUACUGCACCCAAAGGAUCCGAUCUUUUGUGGUUCCUUUCUCAAACUUCUCCGCUGAUACUUACUUCUUCCCUGUAUCCUAUUUCGAGUGAAAAGAUGGAAUGCAGUUGCUAGGGUUACUGGGGCUUCUGAAGGGAAUCACAACAAAUGCAGUGGCGUCUGCAUGUGCUUUGAAACUAUAUGGAGAAGGACAAAUUACAAUACUUAAUAAAGAUGCACCGGAAGACUUGAUGCAAUUUGCUGCCCAUUUUGUAACCAACACUGAUCAACAACAGACCUAUUGCAACUUGGCUGAUUUCCUGCCUUUCUAUGAGGACCACCC